AUGCCGACCUGCGAACGUUGUACCUCGAGCGUGAAUGCGAAAUCACCAGGUUUGCAAUGUAUAGGGCGUUGCCAAAAGUUCUACCAUGGAAAAUGUGUUGGUUUAUCCAAACAAGAUGUAAGCAAUUUUCUUGUACCUGGAGCUUAUUGGGCCUGCCCGGAUUGCAGAGACAAAACUAAUGAAAGAUCUUCUGUGAUCACCAUGGAAGGUAACGAAAAAGAUGAAGCAGAUUCUGUACCGCUAUCAGUUACACUGAUCCUGAAGGAUAUCCAACUAAACUUGAAAUCAUUAAAUAACAAAUAUGAAGAUGUCAUGGAGUCUGUGAACUUUUGUAGUAACCAAAUUAGUACUUUUGAAAAAGCAAUGAAUCAACUGAAUGAAAAAAUUGCAACAAUCGAGAAAAUCAAUCGAGAGAAUGUUAAUCUCAAAUCCGAAUUAACACGGUUAACCACAAAGGUGGACAUACUAGAACAACAAACACGUUCAAACAAUAUAGAAAUACAAGGAGUGCCACAGAAAUCCAAUGAAAACUUGGUGAAUAUUUUGGCAAAAAUUGGGGAGCACAUUCAGUGUCCUAUCCUUCCGCAAGAUGUGGACACUGUUCAUCGUGUUGCUCAACAUCCGUCAAGUGAUCAGCAACAGCCGAAAUCUAUAGUUGUCAAAUUUCUAUCCAAACUGAAAAGAGACUCAAUACUUGCAGCUACAAAGAAUAUAAGACGUGCCAAAAAUGAUACAAAUUCCCCCGGAAUAGUCAUUGAAAAUAUUUCAAACAAGCUAUUCAUCAACGAACAUCUCACGAAUAAAUUGAAGUUAUUGCUGAAAAAUACAAAGCAAGCUGCCAAGUCAAACAAUUAUAAAUUCGUGUGGAAGAAGCCGAAGGAAAAUUCUGAAGAUAAACCAUUCACUAAAUACAGUGCAGCCAAAAUGAUUCUUCUACAAGGAGAAGUGAGAUUGGUUCCUGAAGAUCAAGUAUUCAUCAUUUCCAAGGAGAAGCAGACAUAUUUAGUGACCCUCCUUCCCAAAGAAAAUUGUUCCUGCAAAGCAAAGAAGAAAUGUCAUCAUAUGGAAGCUGCAUAUUUGGCCAUUGGAAAUAUUAGAGAAGAGCAGAGGAAUGUUAAACUUUCAAAAAUUGUCAAGAGAAAAAGGGAAUAUAGGGCAGGAAGAAAGCAUGGGCCAGGCAACAUGACUGUUGUUGAAGCUGCAAAUGAUUCUCUUAUGAAGUCGAGAUCAGAUGACAUCAAAAAUUCAACAACACUCUUCAUACCAACAGUCUCUGCAGAUGUUCAAGGGUUGAAACAAGACGUUACGUACCUAAAAAAUGAAUAUGCAACUAUUCGUACCGAAAUCGAGACGCUGCAACAACAAGGUCGUAAUAACAACCUGGAAAUCUGCGGAGUGCCUGAAAUGCCGAAUGAAAACACGUUAAGACUGAUAACUAGCAUUUUUUCCAAGAUGGGUGUUAACUUUUCCGAUGGUGAUAUAGAGGAAUGUCAUCGAGUGAAGUCAUUUCCCAACCCCAACAAUGAAAAUAAAAAUCAAAUUAAAAGUUUGCAGUUUGGAGCAUUUUUUGAUAAAAAACCUAAUAUAGCCGGUUUUAUUUUAUUUCUACCCAAACCUCCCACAACGCAACCCAAAGCUCCCCAUAGUGGAGAGCUCUGGGCCAAAAUACAAAAUAAGGACACCAGAAAUGUGAAGAUAGGAUCCUCAAAGUACUUACCAAGAGUGGCUUUGAAGCUGUUCACGAGAAUCGAGUCGGAACACAGCAACAGGGGGUUGUGCGUUCACCACCAUCCACCGUCGAAGCAAACCGCAAACAGGGUGAAGCAGAUACUCGCAGGAACGUUCCACAGAGGCCACACAUACGAGUUGCAUGAGGAAGCUAUAGUCAACUAUAUCUAA